ACUUCCCAUCGAUAUUGUUUAUUAAUUUAUAUUUCUCUUUCUUUAGGAUUAUAUUGUAUUAUCUUAUCUGUAAGUAUUUUUAUCAUUUUCCUUUGUCAAAAUUUUCGAUGAUUUUUUAAUAAAUAAUUUGUUCGUGCGUUACGAGUCUAGUGAGGUACAUAAUAUUGAUGCAUACUUUUGGGUAUAAGAUGACUACGGAGUACAAUUUUUUGGAGCUAAUAACUAGCCUUUUCAUCUCCUCGAAUCACCUAGCUUUCAUGGCUACCGUAAUUCCUCCUCUCGCUCUCUCAGUCGUCUUCUGCAUUUCUGCCCUAAUUCCUGCGCCGGCUUUCGCUGAAAUUGUCUACGAGGAUGGCUACUCAGUCAGCACACUCUUCGACGGAAACAAGCUUCAAAUCUAUCCUCACUCUGUCCUUCCGAAGCCCGGAUCGUCCGAUCUCCUCCUCCUGGACUCCACUCACAGUACUGUGUACACUGUAUCAAUCCCCGAGUCUGGAGAGGUCUCUGCUGAACGGUUGGCCGGAAAUGGAGUCGGUAAUUACUCUGACGGCGAUCUGAGCUCUGCGAUGUUCUACAAGCCCAAGAGCUUUGAGAUUGAUGCUAGGGGAAACAUUUAUGUUGCUGAUGCUAAGAACAAGCAUUCUAUUAGAAAGAUUAGAAAAUCUGGUGUGACUACUAUAGUUGGAGGGGUUUCUGAUGCAGCAGGCAAGAAAGAUGGCCCUGGAAAAGAGGCUACGUUCUCAGAUGAUUACGAGCUAGUCUUUAUUCCGCAACGAUGUGCUGUGAUCAUCUCCGACAUUGGGAAUAGAUUAGUUCGCCAGAUAAAUCUCAGGGCAGAUGAUUGCUCUAGUGGAUCUGAAUCUGUUUUGGGAUCAACUACGUCUUGGUUUCUAGGGGUCGGGCUUUCCUGCUUAUUUGGAUUGGUGGUUGGAUUUGUGCUUCGUCCUUUUGUCAUCCCACAUGGAGGCCGCAGGCAUCAUUGGUACAAAGGGACAUGGAAGCAUUGCCUAAUGAGUCUGGGGAGACAAGUUCCGAUUCUCUUCUUCGAGCUCAGAAGCGUAGUUGUUAACUCAGUAUCUUAUUCUCUACUAAAGCGAAUAGUAUAUCUUAGUUUCUCACAUUUCUCUCUAAUGUUUACCCCGCUGUUUAGUUCUAGAAGAGUUGUAGAAACCUGGAAACUGUUUGAAAAACCAGUAUCUUUGUUGGAUUUGGAUCACCAGAGUGGCAGGGAACCAUCCAAAACUUAUCCUAAAAUUAUAGAAGUGAAAGAUGUGCCUUUGUUGGAUUUGGAUGGCACUAGCACUACUACCAGUGAACCACCACAGUCAGAUCUGGUGGCCGACGAAUUGAAGGAUUUGAUACAUUUUGAUGACGGGCUGCUCUCAUCAUACAAUGGUGAAACAACCUCCCAGAAAGAAGGUGAGGAUGGUAAGAACUCUGGAGGCAACAGUACAAUAGAUAGUAUGGUACAAGCCAAUCUCUCUGCUCUUGCAGGGCUAGCAACGACAACUUCAAGCACCGAGUUUCCUAAGGGCAGUGUGUGCUUAUUCAAAGUAAUGUAGUCUUAACUCUUAUCCAUUGCUGCAACUUGCUGUAAGUAUUAAUUCUCACUAUCACUUGGUAUUGUUAUGGCCUUGUUUGGCAUCGUUAGCUGUCACGUUUUGAAGAUGUGAUCCAACCGUUUGCUUUAAUGUUAGUGUUUUCAAACUUAUCCUGCCUCGUCAAAAACUAUUCAAAACAGUAAUGCUAAUUUGUUCCCAGACGAAGCCUAUAUGUAUGUAAUUGAUGCUAUUGUGGUUUUUACUUUUUUUCCUUAAAUCAUAUGUGGCUUCUCUCCAUUUCAUUAUUGGAACCCAUACUAAUGAAGUGUUUAUUAUGGU